GCCAUGUGUUCCUGUGGUAACAGUCUGGAAAAUAUUUCAGCAGUGACUUCAUCUCAGGUGCAGGCUCAGGCACAGCAAAGAGAAUCCAAGUGUGACAAGCCCUCAACCAGCUUUCGAGGUUCUAGCCAAGGUUCUAGGGUACCUCCAGACAACAAGAGUACAGUACAGCGAAAGCACAGGAGCAGUUGUUACAGCCAGGAACACAGCAAAAACACUGAACUGAUAGAGCAGACAACAUCAUUGGGGAACAACAGAGACCUCUCCCAUGAUGAUCUUCUUCUCCUGUUGAGCAUCCUGGAGGGCGAGCUACAGGCCAGAGAUGAGGUGAUCACGGUGCUGAGGGCAGAAAAGAUAGACUUGGCAUUACUGGAGGCCCAUUAUGGCUUUGUGACUCCUCCUAAAGUCCUUCAGGCCCUGCAGAGAGACACAAUACAGGCCAAAGGUCAUGGCUGGCAGGAAGACAUCUAUGAAAAGCCCAUUGCAGAGUUGGACAAGCUUGUGGAGAAGCAGAAAGAGACAUACAGAUGUAUGCUGGAACAACUGGUGCUAGUAGAGCAGGCACACAAACAGACACUCGACAGACUAGAGGAUGAGAAGCAUAAACACAGCGAGUACAUGAAAAAAAGUGAUGAGUUCACCAACCUUUUGGAACAGGAAAGAGAAAGAUUGAAGCUACUCAGUGAUCAAGAAAAGACUCACCAGGAACAAAGAGAGGAAGAGAAUAACAGGAAAGUCACCAGUCUUAAAGACGAACUAACUAAACUGAAGUCAUUUGCUCUCUUGGUUGUUGAUGAACAGCAGUGUGUCAAAGAAGAGCUGGCUCAGCAAACUACAAAGGUUCAGGAGCUGCAAGCUGCUGCCAGUGAGGCCCAAGAAGAGCUGAACUCUGUGCAGAUCAGAGCACAAAGAAUGGAAAGGAAAGUACUGCACUUAGAGGCUGAAUUACAUGACCAGGCUGUUCAGUUCUACCAAGAACAGGAAGCCAUGUGCACCCAACUGACUGACGAGAACAGCCAAAACAGGCACCUGCAUCAGAAACUGUCUACACUUUGCCAAGAGCUGAAUGAGCUUGAAGAGUCCAACAAGGCCCUUCACAGGGCAGAAGAGGAACUCCAGGAGUUACGGGACAUAAAUAGCAAUGGUGAGAGUGGAAACUUUAGACUUGUGUCAGAACUGGAAGAGUUAAGGAAAAGAGUGAUAGAAAUGGAAGGAAAAGAUGAGGAAUUGAACAAGAUGGAAGAUUUGUGUCACGACCUCAAGAAGAAGCUGGAAAGGGAGUCCAUCCAGAAUCACAGCCUGAAAGCAGAGGUGGACAGCCUGAAUCACAGAAUUAUGGAGCUUGAAAAAUUAAAAGAUGCCUUUGGAAAGAGCAAUCAGGAAUGUAGCUCACUCAAGUGCAACCUAGAAAAAGAAAAGACAGUAACUAAACAUAUGUGCAAUGAACUAGAUAAUCUGAGAGUAAGGAUCAAGGAACUAGAAGCUGCUGAAGGUCUAUUAGAGAAAACAGAGUGGACACUAAAGGAAGAUCUUACAAAAUUGAAAACACUAACAGUAAUGCUUGUUGAUGAAAGGAAAACAAUGGCAGAGAAACUGAAGCAACUGGAAAACAAGGUUCAAAAUAGCACUGAUAAACUUCAGGCCGAACAGAACAAAGUCACAUUAGUGACCGAGAAGCUAAUUGAAGAAAGCAAGAAAACUUUGAAGAUCAAAGUGGAGAUGGAGGAAAAAAUCUCUUUUACCACCAAGGAAAGAGAUGAUCUUAAGACCAAGUUAAAAGCUGAAGAAGAGAAAAACAAUUCCCUUCAGUUCAAAGUCAGCACGAUGAAGAAGAGGCUUCAGUCCUUGGAGGCUGUUGAAAGGGAAUUUUUGAGGAACAAAGCAAAACAAGAUAACAUGAAGGGACCCAUCCAAAAUGGUUUUCACCAAGAAGACAACAAAGUAAAAGGUUUAAUACAGGAAGUAGAAUGGCUCAGGAGGAAGCUCAGAGAGAAGAAUAUGGUUGAAGAUGAUCUCCAAAAGACACCCAAUGAGGGUGAAUCCUUGGAAAAGCAAUGCUCCAAUGAAAAAGUCCUAAUGGAAGAAUUAGAGAUUUCAAGGAAGGAGCUUUCUAAAUACCAACUGGCUGAGGAGGAAAAUUUCAACCAAGAACACAUUCUAUAUAAGCAGCUGAAAGAGGAAGAGAGUAAAUCCAGUCAUCUGACCAAAGAAGUGGAAAUAUUAAAGGAAAAGAUACACAGUUAUAUGGGCACAGAAGAGUCCAUCUGCAAUAGGAAAACAGAAUAUGCAACUCUCCAGAGAAAGCUUACCCAGCAAGAAGUCAGAAACAAGGAACUUGCCAGGGAGAAGGAGAGCUUAACAAGAGAGCUGGAGAGAUACCGUCACUUUAGUAAGAGCCUCCGGCCUGGAAUGAUUGGGAGACGGUUCUCAGACUUACAAACCUCUACAAAGGAGGUUCAGACUGAACCAACAGAUAGCCCUACACUGACUCAUAAAAACCUUAGUCUUCUAAAACAACAUGUGAAUUGGAAAAUAUAUGAGGAGAGGAAUCAACAGUAUGAAGCCAAUUAUGAAGUUAAUGCAGUUAAAUGUAGUCCCUUACUCAAAAACAGUAACAACCACCAGAACAGCACAAAGCAAAUUAGAAAUCCUCUUUUAAAGAGUUUAGAGAAACAGCAGCUUAUUAAUUGCAAAAUGCAAACCAUACAAAAUGGAGCUUACAUUCAGCAAGGGGAUAUGUUAAUCACCCAUAAUCCAAGUCAACAUCUCCACAUCAAGGUGACACCAGCCCAUAGCCUUAACACAGCUACUCUUGAGAUUACAAGUCCUACUACAGAGAAUAUGGAGUCUACUGCAGCAAUCCCAACAAGUGGUUGCACCACAAAACAACAAAUUUACAUUGUCCAUAAUGCACCAGUCUUACCACAGAAUAAUAAGAGUUGUCCUUCCACUGAAAGCCCUUCCACACCUGAACAAUCAAUCUCACCUCUUACUAUGACAACUUAUUCUCAAACGGUUAUUCCUGAAUUCACCAGUUUGUUUUCAGCAGACAGCACAAAGUCACCAACUGAGAUAACAACAAUCACAACAGGAGUUUCUGAUAAAGCACAGGAGACAGAGGUCAAAACAGGUCAAACUCUGUUUUGUGUAACACCACAAAGACAAAAUUACUGGCAUGUGCAUAGGUAUAAUAGCUCAACCCCAAGUGUCAUCACCAAUGAAGACAACAAAACUCACAUUCACUUUGGCAUCCCUUACCUCCAGACUAUCAACAGCAAUCCAGAACUCCCCAGGCCCUGCUGUUCUCCUGGGCAGGAGCAAAGAACCUCAGUAUUAUCCAGUGAUACUUCAGCCAAGUUUAACAGCAAAAUUGCAAGUAGCACCAGGAUAAAGCCUGCUUCUACUCCAAUCCCACAGCCUUCAAAAAUUACAGUACCAUCUGAAGCAUUCCAGCUCCAUUCUGGAAUGUUGAAGCAUUCUGGUCCCACCAGGAUACCUAAACCGAAAGCCUACAGUACACCAACAGGAACAAAUUCCAGGGCUGUGUUGACACAAAGCGCAGGAACUGCCCAGGUCCUGCCUAAGUUGGAGAAAAAUAUACAAUAA